AUGAUUGUCGUGGCUUACCUCCGCCAUGGCCUGCGCCUUGUGGUGCCGCUGGCGGUAGCAAUCACCGUCUACCUGUAUCUUUUCCCAGUCAUCCAGGGAUGCGCAUUUCCUGUCGAGUCGAGAGACAGUCAGGAGGCGUUUGAGUUGACAAAGAAGUUUCACUGGCCUUCGAAACCUAGUUCUGACGACCGUGCGAAACUGGCCCCUUUCCGACUGCUCGCGCUGGGCGAUCCUCAACUCGAGGGCGACACUUCGAUCAUCACCAACUACCUGGGGACGUUUCCUCACCUCAAGCAAAUCUACAAGCAUGUGACCUUUCAGACCAAGCACUGGUGCUUCCGAGAACGAGUUCGAAAGACGUUGCACGAUACGGUCGAUUUUUACAUGGAGGAUAUCCCCUACUUUCUUGAGUCGAUGCGCAAGCGGUUCGAUCUAUGGGGCAAUGACUUCUACCUGGCGCACAUCUACCGCCAGGUCCACUGGUGGUCCAAUCCUACGCACGUGAGUGUGCUGGGUGACCUCGUUGGAAGCCAGUGGAUCGACGAUGUCGAGUUUGAGAAGCGAGGUCGACGUUUCUGGAACCGAACAUUCCGUGGCACUGAAAGGGUGCCUGACGACAUCGCGCGUUACCCGAGCACCGAUUACACCCUGUCAGGGCUUUUGGAUGGUAGCGAGGGGGAAAAGGUGUGGGCGAAGCGGAUAUUGAACGUGGCAGGGAACCAUGACAUUGGAUACGCGGGAGACUUGACCGAGGAACGACUGGAGCGCUUCGAACGAGUUUUUGGAAAGGCAAACUACGAACUUCGUUUCGAGCUUCCCAUUAUGGACCCCGAGAAGAGGGCUACCAUGUACCAUGGAACCGAUAACCCCAACUCGGACCGCAUCCCGCCCGAGCUUCGCAUCAUUGUGGUCAACGACAUGAACUUGGACACUCCAGCCAAGUCGGCUCCCCUCCAGGACGCUACCUAUGCCUUUAUCAACGACGUCAUUGGAACCGCAAGCUCUGUCGGCUACAAGGGACACUUUACCCUCAUCCUCACACAUAUUCCCCUCUACAAGCCGGCGGGUAUCUGCGUGGACUCUCCUUUCUUCUCUUUCCACACCGCAGCAGACGGUGGAGGUCUCAAGGAGCAGAACCAGCUCAGCGCGGAUGCCAGCAAAGGCUUCCUCGAGGGAAUGUGGGGAAUGAGUGGAAAGGAGAAUGCUGCUGGUGGCGGAUAUGGUCGUGCGGGCUUGAUGCUCAACGGUCAUGACCACGCUGGUUGCGACACGUACCACUUCAUCAACCAGACCAACGGCACUGAUGCGUCAGAACGACAAUGGCAGACGGUCCGGUGGGAAGAGGCCCAGGAACAAAAGAUCCCCGGCACCUCGGGGAUCCCUGGACGACGUGAGAUCACGGUAAGGAGCAUGAUGGGAGAUUUUGGAGGCAAUGCCGGCCUCCUGAGCCUCUGGUUCGACCAGGACACCUGGGAGUGGAAGUUCGAGUACGCCACGUGCCCCCUGGGCACCCAGCACUUCUGGUGGUUCGUUCACAUCGUGGACGCCAUUGUACUAUUAUGGAUCGGGUUGUACGGAGUCCUUUCGGCGUUGGAAGCGUGGGGUGUUGACGUAGACGGUCGGUUCUACAGCGGCCUGGCUCGAGUCAAGGCGUGGGUGUCGCGGAGACUACCAGGUGGUCGUGGAUCUAAGGGCACGACAGUAAAAGCGGCAUAG